AUUAAAAUAAUUGAAAUGAAUGUCAAAAAUACAGAACAAUUUCCAAAAAGAAAGAAAGUUUUAAAUAGGUAUUUUAAAUACAUAUUAAAAUAUAAUUUUUUAAAAUUUACUGCGCUUGUUAUUUUGCUUGGCAUAACAAUAAUAGUUAUACAACAAAACAAAUGUAUUUCUGUCGAAUAUAAGAUAAAUUUAAUAUCUCUGAAUGAUAAUGAAUCUGCGAUAUUAAUUGAAAAAGAAAAUUUUCAAUAUGAUAUAGUAUUUAAUGAUACAGUACCUCAGUUUCAUAAAAUAAUGCAGGAGGAAUGUAACAAUGUACCUGCUGCAUUACGCUUUGAUUGUCAUCCUGAAGACGGAGCAUCUGAAUUAUCUUGUAAAAAUAGAGGUUGUUGCUGGAAUUCUUUCAACAAAAAUAUCUCAGUUAUAAAUCAUGUUCCUUUGAAUAUUCCAUAUUGUUAUUAUCCAAGCAAUUGGAGCAUAUACAAGUAUACAAAUUUUAGUAGAGAAGGAAACAAUUUUUCUGGAUUUCUCAAACGAAUAAAAAACUCAUUUUAUGAAAAUGAUUUGCCACUCAUUAAGAUAGAAGCUAGCACUGUGGACGAUUCUAUUUUACGUAUAAAAAUAUGUGAUCCACUUAAGAAACGAUAUGAACCUCCAUGGCCUCUUAGAACAGAUUUUAAACCAUUUUCUCAAAAAGAUAUAAAUGCAAAAUAUAAAUUGGACAUUGAUUAUACCAAACCUGGUUUUAAAAUACACAGAACUUCAGAUGAUACAGUGUUAUUUGAUUCUAGUAAUGCAGGAGGUUUCAUAUUUGCUGAUCAGUUUUUACAAAUAAGUACUCUUUUACCAAGUCACAAUAUUUAUGGUAUUGGUGAACACAGAACAAAGCUAAAAUUAAAUACUAAUUGGCAAUUGUUUACAUUAUUUAACAAAGAUCAACCACCAACAGAAAAUGCAAAUUUAUAUGGAUCUCAUCCUUUUUAUUUUGUAAUUGAAAAUUCCGGAAAAUCUCAUGGAUUUCUAUUUCUCAAUAGUAAUGCAAUGGAUGUUAUAUUACAACCAACACCUGCUAUUACCUUUCGAACUAUUGGUGGUAUUUUUGAUAUGUAUUUUUUUUUGGGUCCAACCCCUGCAGAUGUCAUAAAACAAUAUUCUGAGAUAGUAGGCAAACCAUUUCUACCUCCAUAUUGGUCUCUUGGUUUUCAUUUAUGCAGAUACGGAUAUGGGAGCUUAGAAAAAACAAAACAAGUAUGGAAUAGAACUAUAGCAGCAGGAAUUCCAUUUGAUACUCAAUGGAAUGAUUUAGAUUACAUGGAUAAAAAUAAUGAUUUUACAUAUAAUUUAAAUAAAUUUAAAAAUUUACCACAAUUUGUGAAUGAAAUACAUUCGAGAGGAAUGCAUUAUAUUCCAUUGAUUGAUGCGGGAGUAUCUGGUUCUGAAGAAAAUGGGACUUAUUUGCCAUAUGAUGAAGGUAUAAAAAAAGAUAUAUUUAUAAAAGAUGGAGCAACCAAUCAGCCAUUUAUUGGCAAAGUUUGGAAUUUAGUUUCUACUGUGUGGCCCGAUUUUACAAAUCCCAAAACACAGAACUAUUAUCUUCAAAUGAUGAGCAAUAUGUAUAGAAAUUUUACAUACGACGGUGCUUGGAUUGAUAUGAACGAGCCAUCUAAUUUUUAUGAUGGAUAUAAAAAUGGAUGUCCAAAAAAUAAAUUGGAUUAUCCGAAAUACAUACCUAAUGUUGUUGGUAAUGUACUCGCAAAGAAAACAUUAUGUAUGAAUGCUAAACAUUAUUUAGGCGUUCAUUAUGAUCUUCAUAAUACUUAUGGCACAAGUCAAGCCAUAGCAAUGAAUUAUGCAUUGACUAAUAUUCGUCAAAAAAGACCAUUUAUAAUAUCACGUUCAACCUGGGUGGGUCAUGGACACUAUGCUGGUCAUUGGACAGGGGAUGUUUAUUCCUCAUGGCAUGAUUUAAAGAUGAGUAUCCCAGCAAUUUUGUUGAUGAAUUUUUAUCAAAUACCUAUGAUUGGUGCUGACAUUUGUGGAUUCGAUGGAAAUACGACAACGACAUUAUGUAAUCGUUGGAUGCAACUUGGUGCAUUUUAUCCUUUCUCUCGUAAUCAUAAUUCCGACGAUACAAUCGAACAAGAUCCAGUCGCUAUGGGUGAUUUAGUAAUAAAAUCAUCAAAGCGUGCCCUUACAAUACGUUACUGGUUGUUACCUUAUUUAUAUACAUUAUUUUUCCGGGCACAUAAAUUUGGAGAAACUGUUGCGCGACCAUUGUUCUUUGAAUACUCAAAUGAUUCAGCUACAUACGAUAUUGACACUCAAUACUUAUGGGGUAGUUGUUUGAUGAUAAUUCCAGUUUUAGAAGAUGACAAAACAGAAAUAUCAGCUUAUUUACCACGUGGAUUAUGGUAUAAUUUUUAUACAAAAGAAUCUGUUUUCGCAUUGGGUAAAUAUUACACUAUGAAUGCGCCACUCGAUACUAUACCAUUAAUGAUUCGCGGAGGAUUUAUUUUGCCAGCACAAAAACCAGCUAAUACUACAACAAACAGUAGAAAAAAUAAUUUCGAAUUGUUGAUUACAUUAGAUCAUAUGAAUGAAGCAAAAGGAGAAUUAUAUUGGGACGAUGGCGAUAGUUUAGAUUCAUUCGAAAAAAAACAGUUUGUAUGGUCAGUUUUUGUCAUCAAGAAUAAUACUUUAUCCACUACAAAAGCAACAGAAAGUUCCUUUCAUGAAAAAAUGAUCUUGGAUAAAAUACAAAUAUGGGGAAUAAUAUCUAAUAUCUCACGAGUAUCUUUAAAUAAUCAUGAAAUACAAUUUAAAUAUAACAUCAAAGAAAAUUGUUUGAACAUAAACAAUUUACAAAUAGAUUUAAGAGAAAACUUCUUGCUUUCUUGGGAAUAUACUCGUUUUAAACAAGACAAUGACAAUAACAAAUGAAUUUUGAUAAAGUUCAAGAUAUAUAUUCACUUGUAUUAUGCAUAAAAUUAUUGCUGUUCUUACAGGUAUGUUAUAUAAAAUAUGUAUAAAAUAUACGAUGGAUUUUAGUAUUAAUUUUAUUAUAGAUACUCUAUUUGUAUAUUUCUACAUAUUAAAGCAAAUAUUGUUUGAAUAAAAGAGAAAAGCAUUUUAUUGAAAUAACCAUACAAUUAAUUAUACAAUAAAGUAAAUACAUUAUACAAAUAAUGUAACAUUUAUGGCACUAUAACGAGAAACAAUAAGUAUACAUAAUUCGAAUUCUUUCGAAAUAAUUUUUAAGCACCUAAUUCAAAAAAGUGUUUAAAAUUUAAGCUAUAAUUGCUCGAACAUAAAUUUUUAAAUGUGUAGCUGGUUCAUUAUCGGAAAUAAUGAAAAAAAUAAUAGCACAAGUAAUCGAUCGUCACACAAUAUUGGUAAUAUUGAAUGAAAAUUGUUACUUUGGCACCGUGUAAUAUAUAUAAAAUAAAACAAUUCGAAGCAGCACCAUCGUUUGGAA